GCACUAAAUAUGCAUCCUACAACAUAAUUGCUUUAAGAAGCCAGAGACAGAGUAACAUUUCCUACUUUAGAGCUAACCAAACUAAUUUAUGGAAAUGAUGAGAUCUAUGAAACCUUUAUGAAAGCCUAAAAGAUAAUUGCUAGUGAGCCAAGCAUUAGAAAUCAUCCUGAUUAUCAUAAUUGGGGACGUAAAGAAUAGAUUAUCAAAUCAUAUGAAAAAAUAAGAAUUAUGCAUUAGCAUUUUAAUCUUGCAAAUGCUGCUCAUUGGGCACCUAUGUUAAGUUUAUUCUAAGGUACAACACCUUCAGCAGUAUCAUUUGGAAUGACUGUUCCUGCCUUGAGAUUUCUUGGUACAGAUGAAUAAUUCAAUCUCUGGGGUCCUAAGUUUCUUACUAUGGAAAUUGUAGCUGCUUAUGCUUAGACAGAAAUUGGACAUGGAAGUGAUGUAUAGAAUUUAGAAACUACAGCUACUUAUGAUUCAUAAACUAAUGAUUUUGUAUUGCAUACACCUUCAGUUUCAGCUGUUAAAUGUAAGAAUAAAUCAAUAUAACUUAGUUUGGCCUGGAGAACUAGGAUUUUUAUCAAAUUAUGCACUUGUCUAUGCAAAGUUGGUAUUCAAUGGUAAGAAUAAGGGAGUUCAUCCUUUUAUGGUUUAAAUAAGAGAUAACUCCACACAUAAACCACUUAAAGGUGUUGUAGUUGGAGAUAUAGGACCAAAAUUAGGAUAUUCUACAAAAGAUAAUGGAUUCUUGGCAUUUGAGAAUUACAGAAUUCCAUUAAAUAGUUUAUUGGCUAGAUAUGUUAGAAUUGAGAAUGGAUAAUUUUCAAGACAUGGAAAUGAAAAAGUAUAAUAUAAUAUCAUAUAUUAGAUAUCUUAUGCAUCAAUGAUGGUAUCAAGAUAAUUAAUAAUUUUCAUUUAUCCAAGAAUGGCUGCCUAGAGUUUGACAGUAGCUAUUAGAUAUUCAAUUACAAGAUAACAAUUCACAAAUGAUAAAGGUGUUGAAAACUCUGUCCUUGAAUAUUAAACAUAAUAAGAUAAAUUAUUACCUAGAUUGGCAACAUGUUAUGGAAUGAUAUUUGCAGGAUUAAGAAUAGCAGAAUUGGUUGAUGAUAACUUUCAUAGAGUGUAAAAGAAAGACUUUAGUACAUUAUAAUAAUCACAUGCUAUAUUGAGGUAUAUAAAAUUAUGAUUUUAUUUAUAGUGCUUUAAAGGCUUGGUCUUCAUAAUGGGUUGUUGAUACUGCUGAAUGGUGUAGAUUAUCAUGUGGUGGUCAUGGUUUUGCACAUUAUUCAGGAAUACCAGCUAUUUAUUUUGACACUGCUCCUAAUGUUACAUUAGAAGGAGAGAAUCAAGUUAUGUAUCUUUAAGUUGCAAGAUACUUACUUAAAGUAUUAUAAUAUGUAGAGAAAAAUCCAGAAAAGGUUCCAUUUUAUUUUAAUUUUGUAUUACAUAUCAAAGAAACUUUGGCUAAUCAAAGUACAGAUUUUGGAUAAUUACUUAAAUUGACACUUACACUUUAAUUAAUAAGUGUUGCUAAAAAGAUUAAGGAUAGUAUGGGUACAGGUAAAAAUUUCCAAUAAAUUUGGAAUGAAGUAGUUGGUGUACAAUUAUUAUCUGUUGCUUAAAGAUAUGCUGAAUAUUUCACUUAUUUAGUAUUUUAAGAAUACAUUUCUACUGCCAAUCAAUCAGUUAAGGAAGUAUUGUAAUAAUUAUGUGAUUUAUAUUCAAUAUAAGUAAUAUUGGAUAAUCCAAACACUCUUAUAGAAUCAGGUAGGAUUAAUGUAGAGUAAUUCAAGUAACUCAAUGAAACUAAAAUUGAAUUACUGAGUAAACUCAAACCAUAAGCUUUGGGUUUAGUUGAAGCUUUCAAUUUCUCUGAUAAUGCUUUGAGAACUUGCAUUGGUUGUCAUGAUGGAAAACCUUAUGAAUAUAUUUAUGAAUGGGCAACAAAAGAGAAUUCAGUUAAUAUCAAAGGAGUACCUUAAGCUGUAAAUGAUUUGAUGGGCACAAAAAUCAAAGCUAGAUUAUGAUAUU